GACAGUAGUGAAGUGUAAAAACCCGACAAUUGCGCAGAAAGAAACAUGGAAAGAAAAGUGGCUCGUGAAUUUAGACACAAGGUGGAACUGCUGAUUGACAAUGAAGCAGAAAAGGAUUACCUUUAUGAUGUGCUUCGUAUGUAUCACCAGUCCAUGGUUCUCCCUGUCCUGGUUGGGGAUCUGAAGCUGGUGAUUAAUGAACCAAGUCGUUUACCUAUUUUUGAUGCCAUUCGACCGCUCAUCCCCCUCAAACACCAGGUGGAAUACGAUCAGCUCACACCUAAGCGAUCAAGGAGGUUGAAGGAGGUGCGUCUGGACAGAACUCAUCCCGAGGGGCUGGGGUUGAGUGUGCGCGGAGGACUGGAGUUUAAGUGUGGCCUUUUCAUAUCUCAGAUAGUAAAGGAUGGGCAAGCAAGCAACGUAGGCCUACAGGUUGGAGAUGAGAUUGUUCGGAUUAAUGGCUACUCUAUUUCUUCAUGUAUUCAUGAGGAAGUGAUAAACCUGAUUCGAACCAAGAAGACUGUGUCACUGAAAGUAAGACAUGUUGGCAUGAUACCUGUCAAAAGCUCUCCUGGUGACCCCCUGAAAUGGCAGUUUGUUGACCAGUAUGUAUCUGAAAGUGGGGACCAUAAAAACAGCAUUGCUGGAUUAGCAUCAGUUGGAGGGAAAGAAAUCAAAGAGAAGAAGGUGUUUCUCAGUCUGGCUGGCACAAAGGGCAUGGGAUGCAGCAUUUCAAGUGGACCAAACCAGAAGCCCGGUAUUUUCAUCAGCAAUGUGAAACCAGGGUCUCUUUCUGCAGAGGUUGGUUUACAGGUUGGGGACCAGAUCGUUGAAGUGAACGGAACAGAAUUUUCAAACUUGGAUCACAAAGAGGCUGUAAAAGUCCUGAAGAGUAGUAGAAGUCUGACGAUCACGGUUCUUACAGGAGCGGGGAGGGAGCUGUUCAUGACCGACGAGGAGCGAAUGGCUGAGGAGAGUCGGAGGGAACUGGAUCGUCAGGAGUUGAUGCAUCAGAAAAAAAUGGCUUUGGAGACGAACAAACUCUUGAAGGAGCAACAGGAAAAAGAAAGAGCAAGGAAGAUGGAGAUUGCGCAGAAGACGGCAGAGGAAGAGGAUCGAUACCGCAAGGAAAUGGAAAUGAUCGAAGCUGCAGAGCAGAAACAUAACAGGGACUGGGAGGAAGACUGGGGCCCCAGGGAACAGGCAGCUAGGAAGAGCCCGAGCCCCGUGCCUGCUGACAUGAUUCCACCUCCACCCAAGCACAAAAGCUCUGAGGAUAAGCAGACAGGCUUGCAUCACAAGAAGGCUGGGGAUGAGGAGGUGCAUGGAGGAGAGAGUGACUGUGAAAAAGAGAAACAGGGCUUUCAGAAAUAUGUCGAAGACUUUGACCCAUAUUCUACGUUUACUCCAGAUCAGAUUGCUAGAAGGGAUGUUCGACUACUGAGAAUUAAAAAGGCGGGUCCACUUGAUCUUGCAUUAGAGGGUGGUAUUGAUUCACCCCUUGGAAAAAUAGUGGUUUCUGCUAUUUAUGAAGGAGGUUCUGCUGACAAGCAUGGUGGAGUGGUAAAAGGAGAUGAGGUACUGGCAGUGGAUGGGGAGAUAUUGACUGAAGCUACCUUACAGCAGGCCCAGUCUAUCUUGACAAGGGCCUGGAACAGUGGUGGGGACUGGAUUGAUCUGGCCAUUGCAAUUUCCCCACCCAAGGAGUAUGAAGAUGAAGUCCCCAAAGCAGCAUCAGUCAGUCCCUCAGCAAACAGAAAGGUUUUCGACGGCAGUGCCUCUGUAUACAGACAAGGGUACCUGCUCCAGCUGUAGCACCUUCACUUUCCUAAUGGACAUUCUUUUAGAAAUGAUGACCUGUUGUGCCUGCCAUGCCAAACCAAUCCAACAGGGAAGGAGGAUCAUGUUGUUUGAAGCGGAAUAUUUGAAAUGAAGAAUUCAUAUAUUGUCAGUUACUAUUAAACAAAAAAAAAAUCAACUUCCAUGUCUCGUAGAAAUUUUAAACGAAAAACCCAAUCUUAACUAAAUGCACAAUUCAAUAAAUAAAUACAUACAAAAUCAUUAUUUUAAUCUGCAGCAGGGGGAGAUUUAAAAGGCUCCUAAUAAUUAGAUUAGCUCUGAGCAGUACAGGUUGUGUAAUUGUAUCCAUAUGGUUAGUUUCCAUCCUGUACUUGCUAACUAUCAUAAUCAAUUAGUAUGCAGUUGCUCAAAUUCUUUAACAUGGAUUAAAGAGUAACCAGCCGUAUUUGCUGUUUAAUCAUAGGAACGACAGGAAAAAGGUUGUGAAGGGGGUACCAUACAUUUUUUAAAAGAUGAAUAGCAGAGGAAAGUGUCUGACAUUGUUUCAUUAACUAUAACCCCUUUUAAGGAGGGAGUAAAUGGGUUGACAGUUAAUUAUAUUUUCACCCUGCAUGGAUUUCAGUGCACAAAUUUAUAAUGUAAAAGACCAAGGUGGCAUUGCCAAAAUGGAAGAAACAACCACCUGUUAAAUUAAACAAUGUAGGUGUGUUUUUAGGUUAAUUGUAAACCCUUUUUAUUUUCCAUUCAGCGGGGUUUUCAGCAUUUUUUAAGUCAUUCACAACAAUGCAGGUGAAUCUCGUUACUGUAUUUCUGUAUGUAAAAGUAUCAUGAAGUAUUUAGAUUCACUUCUGUUUAGAUCAAUUAAGUAGACCCCACUAUCUCUUUUGGUAGACAUAGAUUUCUUAAGCUUUACCCAUUAGUCCAGUGUUUACUGUAACAGCUUUUAUUGUGAUUUCUUUCACCCUAGAAAGGUAGACCAUUUCUCUCAAAAAAAGUGAAAAAUAAAAUAAAAUACUGUGGGAAACAAUAUAUUGCCAUUGUUUUACUCUUGGGAAAAUGUCUGUUCAAUACUGUUUUUACUGAAUCAAUAAAGAUGUACAUCUGAAUUGCAA